CCACAACUACAUUUUCCUCUUCCUCUCAUCAAAUACCAAUCUCUCACUACAUUCCUCUUACUCUCUCAAUUGUCUUCCUCUUAAACUUCUCAUCAUGGCUACUCGUCAACCCAAUUGGACCACAGGUGAAGAUAAGAAUUUAGCACAAUUUGGGUUCACAUUUUGGAGGAUGGUGCGGCCGGUCGUUAUCUAUCCCAGCCGGAGUUUAUUGCUCGAAUUACAGAAGCAUUCAACAAUGAAGGCACGAGAAAUGAUCGUUCCGAUAGUGGGGUAUUAACAAGAUGGAAGAAGAUUAAAACGUAAUUGUAUGAUUUGGAAUAGAGUGUUGAAGAUAGCAAAUGCAUCACCAAUGAGUGGGUCCAAUGAAAGUUACGUUGUAAGUAAAAUUCUUAUUUUUAUUACGUUUGUGAUAAAUUUUUAUGUAAUCAAGUUUAUAUUUACUUACAUUUUUUAACUACUUGUCUAGCUUGUUCAUGCUCUUUUCAGAGCCCAAACCAAAAUAGAUUUCGAGUUCGCUGAGUGUUGGGAAAUACUCGAAAAGUAUCCAACAUUCAUGGAACAAUUCCAUACCCUCGUACAAGACAUUCCAUCAAUGGAUGGAUCUUCAUCAUCCAUACCAUCCAUAGUUCAAUUGCUGGAACAAGACAUUAUGUUUAAAGUUGGAUGAAGAGUUGAUGAUACAACUCACUCUGAUUAAAGUUGAAUGAAAAUUGAUGGAACAAGAUAUUAUGUUUAAAGUUGAAUGAACAGUUGAUGACUUUGACAAACAAGUGAUAAAUAUGUGGUCAUUGCCACUAGCCACUGUAUUUUCGUCAUUGAUGACGUCAUAUUUAUUGACAAAAAAUAAUAUCAAAUUUUUUAAAAAAUUACACCAAAUGAAUAACUAUAUAAAAACAAUUGUAGAAUUAUAAAAAUAAAGAAACACUUUAUUAAGUGCCAAAUUUGGCAAUUUAGCCUUAAUUUUUAGCACUCCAUUGUAGAUGGUUUAAUAUACUAACAUUUUCUCAAAGGAACGAAUACGGGGUAUAAUUGGCGAUAGUAUACAAUGAGAUGUCAAGUUAUCUAAAGCAAUCAAAGUGAAACCAGAGUGGCGGCUCAUUCACCACGUGAUUGCUAGGUUCGUGGGAGGAAAGAACUGGAGCAAAGGCAACCUAACUGCCCGAGAUGCCACCUUCUUUUAUAGUAUGCAUCUACCCUGAUCUCUACAUCUCGGUUUGGCUAUCUUAUCUAUCUUCAAGCGUUAUGAGAGGAUCAUCGGCUCGCCGCACUACACGGGGGAGUUUUUGUCACUCGUCUAGCCAAGUUUUUCCAAAUCGACUUCGGGUUCGUCCAAUUUCGAUUGGAUACUAGGAUAACUCCUUUAUCCUUUGAAGUCUUGAAGUCGAAACUCAAAGUUCUACAUAUGAACGACGGGGGCAUUUGGGAGUACUGGGACUUCCAUUUCCAACCUCUAAUACAUUGGACAUGGAAGGAACCGUAUUACGUCUUCCGGAAGUUAGGAUGCCAAGAGAGCAAAGAGGAUUUGCAACCGAGGGAGAUCAAGUGGAGAGCAUAUAUGAAGGUGGAGAGUCAGCCAUACCCACUCCUCAACUGGUUCACCAACAGCUCAACAAUGCAAGGGACUACCGAGUUGAAGGGAUGAUAGCGGCAAUCCUUCACAACCAAGAGAGGGAGAAGGAAACAAGGCUACAUAUUACGGCGUGUCUCCAUGCGAUCAUGAAGAAGAUGAACAUUCCCACCGACCCAAUUUGAUCGCUCCACUCCUCUUGCACCACUACAAGAAGAAGAAGAAGAAGAAGAAGAAGAAGAAGAAGAAGAAGAAGAACCCUCCGAGUAGGAUUGAGUACUAGGCAUCCAGGGUCUAAGUUUAUCUUUUUUUUUUCUUUGCUUUUCUUUAUCUUAAUUAAAACAAUGUUUAAUUAUCGCUUAAUUUUUUGUUUUUCAUUUUUGUACUAUAAAUAUUCUAGUACUAGUAGUAUUCGUCCUUAUAUUAUAUAUCUAUCGUACAUAUGACGCUUAAUCUUCAUCCUCUCUAUCGUAUGCGCUUCAUCGUUGUGAAAACCACCAAGAAGACAAAGACCUACACUUGUGUACCUUCACCAAACCACAACCGAAACCUAUGGUAGCCGUCACAAUCCUCUCUUAUGAAACUCUCACAUUGAGGACAAUGUGUUGCUCAAGUGUGUGUGUGUUGGGGGGGGGGGGGGGGGAUGUGUAUGAAUUUUUGAAUGAAUAUCAUGAUUGGUUGAACCAUAUAUUGCUCGAAUCCUCCCUUCUUUAUGAAUGUGAGACGUUGAUGAAUACUUAUGGGAGUGUGUGCUAGCGAUUGUGUUUGUGUUGUGGCGAUCAAUGAUCAAAUGAUAGUGUUUUGGAAUCUAGAAUGCUAUUACCCACUUUUUUCAAAUUCGAGGGUUCCAAAACACCUUGUUCCUUGCAACUCCCUACUCAAUAUGCUUUGAUUUUUUAGAUGUUUGAUGUGUUGUGCUCGCUAGGUGAUAGUUGCAUGAUUAGAGAACCGGUGUGUGAGUAAUUUUACUAUCUUCUUCAUCUCUUGUGAGUUGAUAAUAUGUGCGAUUUUAGGAAGAACAUGUGUGCGGGAUUCUUUUUAUGUCUAGUGAACUCAAAACUUUUACAAGUUUGUGUGUAUUAGAAAAGAAAGGAAGGAGUGAAACAUCUUUUGAAAAUGGGGCUCACGUGGGAGGCAACAAAUUCUCACGAAUUUAGAGUGCCCUUUGAGGAUAUGCUUGGGGGUCGGAUAGCUUUACCGCAUCCCGAUCAUCUUUCACUACUUACCAUCCCCCCAAGUAUUUUUCCUCCUCACGGAAUCAUAUGCCAAGGUCCAAAGUACCUUUUAGCGUUUAAUAUUUAUUAAUAAUAAUAUUGUAUAUUUAAUACCUUACCAGCUUAUAAGAAUGGAAAUGGGGUAGGUCAGGGGCGGGUAUCUCGAUACCAACCUGCUCAGUGACAAGUAUGGCCCAGGUCGGGUAGUUUACCAUGAAACACAGGUCGGGACAGGUUGAUCCAAUGGAUAUGUAAUUUAUAUGGAAAAUAUUAGAAAUACUCGUUAUUUCAUUAUAAGACCAAGAAAUAAACCAUAAUAUGAUAAGUGUAGUUAAAUUAUUGGAGAAUUGAGGUUUUCACUAAUUUACAACUUUAUUAUAGCUAAAAUAUGUUGUAAUAAAAAGAAAUUCCUAAGUAAUUUGACUAAGAUUACAUGCAAUAUGUGAUGGAUUAGGGAAGGUCCUGUUAACGAGAGUAUCCAUGCCUGUCUUAGCCUGAAACAGGUCAAACAGGUCAGAUCAAAAUUGCCAUCCCUACCAGUUUAAAGUUUUACCGUGUUAACGUGGUUUUUUUUUUUUUUUACAUAUUUGUCUUUUUUACCUCGUAAUAUAUCUGAUUAAAAAAUCAUAUUUGCACAAUUUUUGUGAAGAAUUAUAGUUAUCAAUACGAGAUAGUGAUGUUUUUACAAAAUUGCACCAGUUCUCUAUCCGUAUUGCACAUUUGCACCGGACAACUGGCAUUGCUGAUUUACCAGCCACGUGUCCUAAACCCAAAGGAUUAAUAUAUGUUUUUCUAAGAUAUUUUUUAAUUAAAUGUUUUUAUAAUCUUCCCCAAAAGACAAAUGACAGAGAAAGAGCUGCGGUGCGUUACGGGCCGUUGGUUGGUUUUCGGGGUUCCCAAUGAAUAAAAAGGAUUCAGCUUUGUCCAUUCCCUACAGCGAAGGAACUCUCGAGUGAAAAAAACAAAGCUCUGUCAUGUUCACUAUGCCAGCUUGGUUCUUAUAAAAAAAAAACACCACCUGCCUGGUUCUUCAUUUGCUCUCAUCCCACUUUCCUGCAGGUGAAACCAAUAAAAUGUAAGGAGUUCAGCUCAAAGGUAAAUUAUUAAUUUCUUUCUGCUUGUCUGUAUUGUCUUGCUCCAUCUGUCAAACUAGAUUAUAGGAACAGUUUGAUUUUGAUAUAUUUUCUUUAAUCUCCAUUAGCGAUUAUAGCAGCGAGAAAUCCCAGUUCUUCUACCUGCUGAGAUGACUGCAAAUGAAAUAGCAGUAGGUAAAUUAACGACUUUGAUUCGGUUUUCAAUAUUAUUAUUUUCAUUAAAAAUGAAGUGAAUAACCUUAUACGGGUAGUGGACAUUUAUGGAACAUAUUUGUUUUUUUAAUGAAUUACUUGAAUUUAGGUUGAUAAAUGAUAAGAAUCGUUUUAAUUUUGGUAGAAAGGAUAAGAAUCCUUUUUAGGUCACAGAAAUAGUAUAUUUAAUACUAGGUUUUUCCCCCACCAUUGACCGGGUUAAUUUUCCAGUAAUUAUUUGACAUCAUAAUUAAACUAUUUUGGAUUAAUUGGUCAUUUGGAUUGAUGUAGUUUAUUUGUAAUUAUAAAUUUUAUGUUGAUAUCAUAGAAUUCAUUGUAAAUUCGUCUAAAUUUUAUUUCAAUACUGAUUUUCCAAUGGAGUAAGAAGACAAAAGAAGAUUAGAAGUAACAUAUUAAACACGUUUGAUGAAA